UGUAAGCUCUUCCUCCUUCCUCCCUUCCUUUCCCCUUCUCCCCGCCUGCCCCCCAAGUCCCAGCUCCCAUGGCCGCGGCCUCCCCUCUCCUAUCCUCCCCUUCCACCUCCCUCCUCUCCACCCCUAUCCCAACGCCUCAUCACAUCCGCAGCUCCAAACCAACCAUCCGAUACAGCUCCAUACCCAAGGCCAAGAGGCCGCCUCCUCUCUCCUGCGCCAGCACCAGCGUCACCCCCACUAGCUCAACACCACUGCAGCCGUCAUUGCGGGUUUCUGAGGGUCCUAUGCAUCCUCAACGCCUGAGUUGUGGGCGACUACGCUGCCUCAUCGUCGCCGCACUCGAGCAGCCGCUUCGGAGGCUUUCCGACGAACAGGAUAUGCAUAGGCACUUAUGAAGUCUGAUGAGAGAAGAGCCAGCUACAAGUGAGACAUUAUGUACACUAACAACUCAGUGAGAUGCUCGGUAGAGGAACAUCCUUUUUGUUAGUCCUAUCAUGUGGUUAUCCAUGUUAGAGGAGACAAUCUUUUCUUAUGCUAACAUGGUAUGA